GACAAGCGAAUAUUCAGCACAGGCUGCGCAGAUGAGAACGCGAUUUUGAAUGACUGCUUCCGGGAUAAGAAGGAUUGGAGAGCGUGCAAAGAUGAGAUGGAGGCCUUCAAGCAGUGCUGGAAGCGGCAAGGCAACGAGGCGAGGACGGGUCAAAAAGAUGCGUGA